UUAAACUUGUUAGAUGGUGCACCGGAGGUCCAUAACACUCCAGGUGGACUCAUAAAGCUGAUGUGGCAUGCGGACUGGGCUCAACUCAGUACAUCCUUUGGCACAUUCCGUCGAGCAGGCGGUGGGGGAUGCGGUCCAGACAGAAGUAGCGUCCCUCUUGUUCGCCGUUCUAGCUCACGCUGUGGUCGAGACGGAUGCCGCGGACUCUUGCAACGCUGCGAAGAGGAAGAUGAGGACUGGCGAGGCAAAGACCAUGCUGACGAGCAUGAAGAGCAAGUGUUCCUCGCCCAUCGCGGUGUACCUCCGCGGCCGAGCUAGCCACGGCAGCGGCGUUGCCGCGGAACCGCCCCGCCGCCACACGUCGUGCAGCACGGCGGUAAGCCGGGCGAAUCAAGAAGUGAAAAAGGAACUUGCUGCCUUCAUCGAUGUCGCACCCUUCUGCCGUUUUCUCCUGGCACCUCAUGGCUGGCCCUGCCCACGACCUGACGCGCAAGAUCAACGCCAAGGUCGACGGUGCAGGCCUGCAGGAUGGCGAACAAGAGGGGUGCUGCGAGCGAGGCCUGCCCAUGACCUGCUCGACGAAAUGCGCCAAUAGGGAAAUGCUGAGUUGAACCCAAUCAGCAUGCCACAUCAGCAUUUAGAUCCUACGUGAACAGUUAUGGACCUCCGGUGCAUCACUUGACAAGUUUAAGGAGUCAAAAAUGCAUUUUAAAAAUUUGUGAACCUGAAUGACACAUCGUAACAAGUUUAAGGACUGGUAGUGUAUUUUACUCUUUUUUCAUUAUAUGUUUUUGUGUUUUAUGUGUUUUUUUCCCUAUGGUAAAGUAAAGACAGAUCACCAAGAUACUGAGAAAGGUUUAGACUGACUUCAACAACGCAAUGGAAAACGAGGAAGGCAUUCGGCAGUU